AUGGAGAUUGAACGCGUCCAGACACGUGUCAAUGUCGAUGGUAAAAUGCUGAUCGAACAACCUCAACAGACUCCAUUAAUCGUUCCUUCAUUCGACGACGAGGAUGAUAGCAGUUGCUCUGACGAUGAACCAGCAAUGACCUCUUCAAAUAUGUUAAACAAGCAACGAUUCAUUGACAGAUGCAAUAAGAACAAUACGGAAUAUGGUUAUGAGGCGCAAGCUAGUUUUCGCGACAAAUGCAACCAAGAUGAGAUUCAGCAAUCAUUAAGUAGCGACGUGCGAUGGGACCAAGUGCGAGAAGCUGAGGAAGUAACAAAUACUAACGGAACAUCAUGCUCGGAAAUACGUGAUCUUCGACAGCAAGUGAAAGCAUUGCAGAUUCAGCUGGAAGCACAAGCGCCGGUGCCUGGGCUUGAUAUUGAAGCAUUUCAUGAAAUUCUUUUGGAUAAGGAAGAACUUGACCAUGAUAUUCGCGACGUGAAGAUUGUUCAUCAGGCUAAGUCACUGCGAACCUUGAAGCGUUUACUACAGCGUGAGAAGCAACGUACAGCUGACUCAGUGAAGCAAUGCAUAGCGCUUGAAACUACUAGCAAGCACCAUGAGCAAGAAAUCGACACACUUAAGCUCAAGUUGCAGCGCUUGCACGCACGUGCCGCUGGAAAUAAGACAAACAGCUUAAGUUCUGUCACCUCAUCCGAGACCCCAACUGUGUCUACAAACGAUACUUGUAUCAAUGACGAGAAUCUGAAAAAGAACUGUGAGGCAUUAAAACUCAAGAAUACAGCACUUCAGCAAGAAUUAAAAACUACUCAGCGUGCUUUGAUCCGAGAAGUUGGUGACGACGUGCCACUCGAAGACAUUAUUUGUAACACAGAUAGCACUACAAGUAGAUCAGCCCGCCGCGGUCGUGCUCAGCACAUCAUCAUUCUCAAAUCCAAGGUCAAAAGGCUUCAGACUCAACUCGCGAAUUUAAAACAAGGUUCGAUUGUCUCUGAUGCACAAAGUUCUGAAAAUUCUGCUACGGUGUUGGACGUUGAUAAACGCGCUCAACAAGAUUUGUCUGAUCAGCAACUGCACCGUCAAAAAGUGAUUGACCAGCUAUCGAGUCAGCGUGACGAAUUGCAAGACCGUCUCCAUCGGCUAACUCGAAAGUACGAUGCUAUAAAGGCUCGGGUCCAAAUACUAGACCGAGAACGACAAGAAAUGCGUGACAAGUUUCAAGUUUUGAUUGAGAAAUCAAAGACAGAUGAUGCGUUGAUAGAUGCUCUUCAACGUCAAUUAGAGACGUGGAAAUCAAAAUUACACCAAGCAAGGCGUGCACGAACAGCAGACGGUGUAAAGAAUACAAAUCAAGUGGAACAAGCCGAGCUGGAGCGUCUUCGUCAACUAGUAGGCGAACAUAAAGGCCAAAGUGGUGAACGAUCCGCGAGUUGUUCGUUGUCAUCCGAUCGUACAAUGCCGCGACCAAGCGAAAUUGCUCAGUAUCGUGCAAUUGCUGUGGAGAAGGAACGUUUGACAGAACUGGUUUGCAGCCUGAAAUCUCAAGUAGAGAACAAAGAUAAGCAAUUACAAAGCUUGCGAGAACGGCGCGGAAACUUCGGUGCAGCAUCAGAGACACUUACUCGAAUCACACCGCCUCCAUCCAUGCCAGUCCCCGGAGAUGGAAGUGUUUCGCGAAUUCCACGAUUACGUGGAAGCAAAACUCCGCCCGAAGGUAGACCAUUUGGUGCGUCCAUGUCGAGCCUCCCGGCUUCUUUGACUGUUAAAAUGGAACAGCAGCAGCAACAGCUUAAGCAAGAAAUGGAGACACUGCGCAAAACGUUUCGUGAGAGCAUGCGUGAAAAGGACGACCGAAUUGCUGAAUUAGAGCAGCAGCACAAAUUGCUUGAUCAGUCCGGCACCGCAAAAAUGUAUACUGCUGAUGGAAUGAGCCAGAAAUUCCAGGAACUUGAAGAAGAAAACGCUUUCUUAAGACAAGAAUAUAACAGACUCAAAUCACGCUACGAGGCUCUUGCGAAAGAAAAUGAGCGUUUUAACAGUGAAAAUCAACAAUGA